GAUGGCUGUUUCUGCUCUUUGAACGAGCGAAUCGGUGUGAAACGACGCAACGCGAGUGUGAAAGGAUGGUGUGGAACGAACGUGUGCGUUGGUUCUUUCGUGGAGGAUUCUCGUGGACGUGGAAGCUCUGGCGUGUUGAACGUUCAGCGAUGGAGAAAAAGCGUCCGAGAACGGAGAUCGAAUGGACAGAAGAGUGUUCGAUUACCGAAAGCCGAGCUAUCAGAAGACAAUGCUUCAAAAACUAACAAGCUUCGAAAAUUCUUGCCUUUGGAGACAGUGGACUAACUUAAUAAGGGAUCUUUCAGCUUUUAAACUUGUGCUUUGCCGAUGCUUCGAACUUGAUAGUUUCUCGAAGGAAGCCGGCAAAAGAAAAAGCUCGCCACCAUGGACGCGAUCAAGAAGAAGAUGCAAGCGAUGAAGCUUGAGAAGGACAAUGCCAUGGACAAGGCCGAUGCCUGUGAAGGACAGGCAAAGGAGGCGAAUAUGCGCGCGGAUAAGGUCCUUGAGGAAGUUAGCGAAUUACAGAAGAAGCUGACUCAGGUGGAAGGAGAUCUUGAAGCCAACAAACAAGCUUUGGAACAGGCUAACAAGGACCUUGAGGAGAAGGAGAAGGCUCUGACCAACGCUGAAUCCGAGGUCGCCGCUUUGAACCGAAAAGUACAGCUGAUCGAAGAGGAUUUGGAAAGAUCUGAGGAACGAUUGAACACCGCCACUGCUAAGUUGGCUGAAGCUUCUCAAGCUGCUGAUGAAUCCAGCCGUAUGUGCAAAGUAUUGGAAAACCGAGCACAGCAGGAUGAGGAAAGGAUGGAUCAGCUGACGAACCAGCUGAAGGAGGCGCGUCUCCUCGCUGAGGACGCCGACGGAAAAUCCGACGAAGUAUCACGGAAGCUGGCCUUCGUUGAAGACGAGUUGGAAGUGGCUGAGGAUCGAGUCAAAUCCGGUGAAGCCAAGAUCAUGGAGUUGGAAGAGGAAUUGAAGGUCGUCGGUAACAGUUUGAAAUCGCUGGAAGUUUCCGAAGAAAAAGCUAAUCAACGAGUGGAAGAAUUCAAGCGUCAGCUCAAAACCCUGACGGUGAAACUAAAGGAGGCCGAAGCCCGAGCUGAGUUCGCUGAGAAAACUGUCAAGAAAUUGCAGAAGGAGGUCGACAGGCUCGAAGACGAGUUGGGCAUCAACAAGGACAGAUACAAGUCUCUCGCCGACGAGAUGGACUCCACGUUCGCCGAAUUGGCGGGAUACUAAGUCAUUUUCUUCUUCUACGCUUCGUAUAUUAAUUACAACGCCGUGCGUGGGGAUUGAGCUACGAUGUAUUGCAUGAAGGACUCUCAUAGAACCUGUCGUUGCGAGAUCGGCGAAGCAUGGCCAAAAUGGACACCGCGGGGAUCGGAAAUUAUUUAUCGAAAUUGCACAAAUGUUACUGCGAUGAUGGUCAAUUGUACAGAGAUUCGUGAGGAAUUUAACUCUGUUACUCCGUUGUACGAUAUAUUACACAAGACCCAAUAAACUGCUGUAAUAUGGUAUGCGUUAUUAUA